UAAAAUCAACGAAGCAGAAUAUUUUCCUCAACCCUAUUUAUUGUGGGUCGCGACCCACAGAGAGAGAGAAGAGAAGAACCAUUUACAGUUUCCUUUCUCUCUCUUUUCUUUUCCUAAAUAACGAAGAAUCUAAAGCUAAGAAGCUGAACCAAAAACGUGAAAGGUGAUUAUCGGAGAUGGCAUCGAAACGGAUAUUGAAGGAAUUGAAGGAUCUGCAGAAGGAUCCUCCUACUUCAUGCAGCGCAGGACCGGUGGCGGAAGACAUGUUCCAUUGGCAAGCGACGAUAAUGGGUCCAUCCGACAGCCCUUACUCUGGCGGUGUUUUUCUUGUUACCAUUCAUUUCCCUCCUGAUUAUCCUUUUAAACCUCCCAAGGUGGCUUUUAGGACUAAGGUGUUCCAUCCAAACAUCAACAGCAAUGGGAGCAUCUGCCUCGACAUCUUGAAGGAGCAGUGGAGUCCUGCCCUCACCAUUUCCAAGGUGCUGCUGUCGAUCUGUUCGUUGUUGACGGAUCCGAACCCGGAUGAUCCUUUGGUUCCGGAGAUUGCUCACAUGUACAAGACUGACAAGAACAAGUACGAGUCUACUGCCCGUACCUGGACUCAAAAGUACGGAAUGGGCUGACCACUCUCCCCCCCCCCCCCCCCAAGGACUUUCCCCUUUUAAUAACCUAAAAGAACUCUUCUCAUUUCUAUGUAAUCAUAUUUAUAAACUUUUCUGUCUUAUUAAAAAAAAAAAUUGUGAAGACUGAGAUCAGUAAGAAAUCGCAUGAUCUCCCAUUUUCAUUUAAAUCUCAUGGAAUUUGUAAACUUUAAGUCA